AUGCUGUCUCCGUCCUUGAUCCUCCCGGUCCUGGUGUUGGGGCUGCUGCCGGCCCGGGCCGCGGCGCAGGAGACCGCCGGGACCUGUGUCAACGGCCCGAAGACGCGGAGCUGUUGGCAGAGAGGCUUCGAUAUCCAUACGGACUACACGGCCCUUCAGGCUCCUGCAGGGAAGAUCGUCGAGUAUGACCUCACGGUCUCCCAGGCGAUCGUCAAGCCGGACGGUUAUGAGAAGCUCGCCAUGGUGGUCAAUGGCCAGUAUCCAGGCUCGACCAUCGAGGCAAACUGGGGAGACACUCUACAUACGAAUGCUCACCGAUGCACCCAAGGUAUCACUGUUCACAACAACUUCACCGAGAACCUCAACGGCACGGGGAUCCACUGGCACGGCAUCCGCCAAUACCACAACAACUGGCAGGACGGCGUGCCCGGGGUGACGGAGUGCCCGACGCAGCCCGGUGAAUCGCGGACGUACGAGUUCAAGGUCACGCAGUACGGCACCUCGUGGUACCAUUCGCACUUCAGCAUGCAGUACAGCAAUGGCCUCUACGGCCCGCUCGUCAUCCACGGUCCGUCCAGCGCCAACUGGGACGUAGACCUGGGUCCGUGGCUCAUCGCCGACUGGUACCACACGGACGUCUUCGGCUUGGUGCAUCAGGGCGAGGCGUUCAACAUUCCGGCGGUGCCAGAAAGCACCCUCAUCAACGGCAAGGGGAAGUUCAGCUGCGAUCCGGCCGGUGACUCUCGCUGCGACGGAACCGGCGGCGAGUUCUUCGAGGUCCUCCUGAACCACGGCACGACGUACAAGCUGGCCAUCGUCAACACAGCGAGCCUGCUCACGUACAACUUCUGGAUCGACGGGCACAGCUUCACCGUCAUCUCGACCGAUUUCGUUGCCAUCAAGCCGUACACGACCAACUUCCUCACCGUGGGCAUCGGGCAGCGGUUCGAGAUCAUCCUGCACGCCAACGCAAACCUCGCCAACGGCACCAACUUCUGGAUCCACGCGCAGGACUGCCGGCUGCCGAAGGCCCUCGACUGGCGGGCCGGCAUCGUCCGCUACGACGCGAACGACCGGAGCGACCCGUACACGCCGCCCGAGGGGCCCGAGCUGGACGCCUUCCGGCACUUCGAGUACGGGUGCGCCGACUUCGACACGCCGGCGAUCGAGCCGGUCGUGCCCAAGCAGGUCGGCAGCAAGAGCGCCAACGAGCUGACCUCGGCCGACUACCUGCGCAUCGGGCAGGUCAACGCGACGUGGCCGGGCUCCGCCGCGGGCUCGCCGCCGCUGUUCCUCUGGGUGCUCGACAGGUCGCCGCUGUACGCCAACUGGAGCCAGCCGACGAUCAAGACGAUCGCGCUCGACAACGGCACGGUCAGCCAGCUGCCCGGGUACGUGGCGCCGAUCGGGCUGGAGUACGACACGGGCGCGUGGGUGUACGUGGUGAUGACGAGCAACUACACGGACGCGGACGUGGCGGGGGCGCAUGGCGUGCCGCGCACCAACGUGGCCACCGUGCACCCGAUGCACCUGCACGGGCACGACUUUGUCAUUCUCGCGCAGGGCCCCGGGCCGUUCGACCCGGCGACGGUCAGGCCCAAGCUGGCCAACCCGCCGCGGCGCGACACGCUCAACCUGCCGCCCGGCUCGUUCGCCUGGAUCGCCUUCCAGGUCGACAACCCGGGCGCCUGGCUGCUGCACUGCCACAUCCAGUGGCACGCCGCCGACGGCCUGGCGCUGCAGUACAUCGAGCAGCCGGGCAAGCUGCGCGGGCUGAUGCAGCAGGCCGGCGCGCUGGGCAGGGUGGCGGACCAGUGCAGCUCGUUCAACGAGUGGUACAGCAGCUGGGGGAUUCCGUCCGAGGGGUCCGGGAUUUGA